UACAUCAUCCAUAGGGAUUUGAAGGUGUCGAAUCUGCUGCUGACCGACAAAGGCUGUUUGAAGAUUGCAGAUUUCGGAUUGGCUCGGUACAUAAGCGAUUCGGAUAAACCCAUGACUCCUGGCUUGGUUACUCUUUGGUACCGUCCGCCCGAGUUACUAUUCGGAUCGAAAGAGCAAACUACUGCUGUGGACAUGUGGGCUACGGGAUGCAUUUUGGGAGAGCUGUUAGCCCAUAAGCCACUCAUGCCCGGGGUCAGUGAAAUCUCACAGAUCGAACUCAUCAUUGAAUUGUUGGGAACUCCGUCGGAAACAAUUUGGCCGGACUUUUCAUCGUUACCAGCAGUGCAGAAUUUCACUCUCAAGUCUCAGCCAUACAACAAUCUUAAGCCGAAGUUUGCCUGGCUUUCCUCCGCGGGACUUCGCCUGCUGAAUUUCCUUUUCAUGUACGAUCCGAAAAAGCGAGCCACUGCGGAAGAGUGCCUCCAGAGUAGCUAUUUCAAGGAAGCUCCGCUGCCGUGCGACCCCAAGCUGAUGCCCACGUUCCCCCACCACCGGGAUCUUAAAAGCGCCCCCAAGGAAUCGACGGAAGUUUCGGCUUCUUCAUCCACCAAGGCGGUAUUCGAUCAGACUGCGGUGCCAACCAUUUCCGAUCUUUUGGGUUCGUUGGUGAAAAAACGACGAACAGAAUAAAUAUGCAAUACAAAUGGAAUAAUAAACAGUACUUUUGAUUUGGUAAAA